ACGGAGCCGACCAUCGUGAGGAGACACGAUUAAAUCCCGUAAUCAUUGCUCGUCAAGCGUUCUUGUGGAGUAACGUUUUAGCCUUUAUAGAUUUAUUACAUAGUAUUCGGACCCAUCGGGAUUUUCAUUUUUAAGAUGGAAAUAAAUCGAACUCUGUCUCUCGACGUAAUUCGCAUAAUCUCAGACGAGGCAUUACGCCAAACAUACGAGUACUUACACGCUCCACCGACUCGUUUCUCGUUUAAGACCAGCUGCUGCGGGAAAAUUCGCCAAAAUAGUGAUCUUAUCGACCCGGGCUACUACCUCAACGGCGGACCCUCAUGCGAACAAAGUGGUCUGAGUUGCGACACUCCCGAUGAGCAUGAGAUCGAAGCUUUCGCCGACGGCCUCGUGCCCGGGAGCUUCGUGUACGCUCCGAGGACCUGGAAUAGGUUCUGGCCGGCCAUGGUGGAUUUCUGCCAUGAGGAUUCCUCUCACUUCGCGGUUUUCAGACUCGGAGGUUCGCACUGUUGCCAACCUUACGCCUAUUACGUGUCGUUCAUUCCCGACAUGACCCAGAGAAGGCUAGGAGGCUGGUUUUCGGCAAAAUCUGUCGUCCCAUUCGACACCACGAACGCUAAGGAUAUCGAUCUAGAUCUCAACGUCAAUGAUCCGCAUUUCGACACAUCCUACGACAGAGCGAAUAGAUACUACACCCGAUCCCUCACGGCACGAAUGGAACGUUUCUCUCUCGUGUGCCACGCUCUGCAAUCAACCCACGCUAAGUACCGGCCUAACCAGGCGGGAUUGGCCAAGCGAUUCACGUCCAGUAAUUACCAACGCUAUGAAGCCGGAGAAGACGUUUCCCUGACCACGGGAGCGUCUACCUCGACUCUCGGAGCAUCAGCCGACGCGAACGCAAGUGGGAGUGGUUCGGUUUUCCGACGGAAAACGCCUACGAAAUCCCGUCCAGACCGCGCCGUACCUUUAGAGAACGGAGAGCUCAAUUUCCUACGAUGGGACGAGCUACCCUCCGGGCAAACUCAUAUCCACGCGUCUGAGGACACUCCACCACCGAAAAUCGUACAACCAGCAGUACCGAUGAGUCCAUACACCUUCACUAACCCCACCGAGUACUGGAGAUGCGGCGCCCACGAAGUUACCAAGCGCGCAGCGAUCCGGGCCGCGAUGAAGGCGGGUCUGCAGGAAAUUCGCAUCUUCAAAUCGGAUGAAAUCAUUUGA